AUGGAGAAGGAUGGUAGCGCAGCCGGCGCCGGCAAUGCCGAGGCGAAAACCGUGGUACCGCCGGUGGAAGAGACGAAGCCUACAACUGUUGUUGAGGAUGUUCCUGACCCCGAUGAAGACGACUUGGACGACUUGGAUGAUAUGCUCGACGACUUUGCUGCCGUGAAUGUGGAACCGAAGAAAGCAGCACAACCUGCUGCGUCAGCUGCGAAGACCACCGCGGCUGGGCCAGGUAGACCCACGACAGCUGUGGAAGAUGAUUCUGAGGACAAGACACUGGAAGAGAUGCUGUCUUCCGACGAUUUCGCUAAGCAGCUCCAAGCUGGCAUGGCUGACCUGAUUGGAGAAUUCGAGAAGAAUCCCGAGAUGCAAGCGCAAUUUGAUAACGUUUUCAAGCAGAUUAGUGAAGCUGCGCAAGAAACGGAAACCUCUGCCGAAGGUGCGACCGGAGCAAAAGCGCCGCCACCGCCAGCGUCAGCUUCAUCGUCAAGCAAAGCUCCCGUUGCCGACCCCAUUGCCGACGGUUCCUUCCAGGAGACUAUCAAGAAGACCAUGGAACGCAUGCAGGCAUCGGGACAACAGGCGACUGCAGCCGCGGCAGAGUCAUCCACCGAAGAUUUCCUUGCAGAGAUGAUGAAGCAACUCGGGGAGGGGAACCUCGAAGGUGGUGGUGGCAACGAGGAGGAGUUCUCAAAGAUGCUUAUGGGCAUGAUGGAGCAGCUCACUAACAAAGAAAUUCUGUACGAGCCCAUGAAGGAGCUCAACGACAAGUUCCCCGAGUGGUUGGCAAAGAACCGGGAAAAGACGCCGGCAGAGGAUCUCAAGCGAUACGAGGAGCAGCAAGCGCUGGUCAAGGAGAUCGUGGCCAAGUUUGAGGAAAAGACGUACGCCGAUUCCAACGCGGCGGACAGAGAAUACAUUGUGGACAGGAUGCAAAAGGUCAGAACCCCUUCGAAAGUUGGAUCUUCACGCGCUAAUAAGAGACAGAUGCAAGCUGCUGGCUCACCCCCGUCUGAUUUGGUUGGUGAUAUGCCAUCAGCGCAAGAAGCUUUCAGUGCAGACGAGGGCUGUAAUCCCCAAUAA